AUGUCUCCAUCCAGACCAAUCAAAAUUCUUAUGUUUCCAUUGGGCGGUUUGGAGUUGGUUUCAUUGGUAUACAAAGAGAAAGCUAUUCAGAUUGCUGAUAAACUAUUACCUGCCUUUAACACACCGACAGGAAUACCAUUUGGACUUGUCAACCUAAAGACGGGGAGUGCAAGAAAUUGGGGAUGGGCAUCUGGAGGCUCUUCAAUUCUCUCAGAAUUUGGUUCCCUCCACCUGGAAUUUAAUUAUCUUUCCGAAAUCAGUGGAGAUCCCAAAUACAAGCAAAAGGUUGACAGGAUUCGAGAAGUGUUGAAAGAUGUUAAGAGAUCUGAUGGCCUCUAUCCGAAUUUCCUCAACCCGAAGACUGGAAAAUGGGGACAGAUGCACGUUUCUUUGGGUGCUCUGGGUGAUAGCUUCUACGAAUACCUUCUCAAAUCUUACAUUAUGUCGGGAGGGAAAGACGAAGAAGGAAAACAGAUGUACUUCAGUGCGCUUGAGGUAAGUCAUGUGAUACGUCAUGUGAUGUACCCCUCCUCUUUCUCAUCAUGACUUGUUUUUCAGUAGCAAGAUGCUCUGUGCAUUUGUGCCUGACAUUCAUGAAUACUUGAAGGAACAGUGAUUGACAUGAGUAGUCUUGGAGUACAUACCUUGAUUUGGAACACAAUAGAUGUGAACUUUAGGGAAGGAUAUGUCAUCUUUAUGGGGGUAUUCAGAUAGCAUUCUUGUAUUUGACAAUGAUAGUAAUCAAUCUAAUAAUAGCACUUUAUUAAUUGCCAAUUUGGUGGGUUUUUCUAAUUAUUUUCUCUCGAAUUUUUGGGAAAAACAUUUUGGAACAUGUAGAUGUCUAAAAAUAUAACACCCAGGGAUGAUAAUGAAUUUGUAAUUUCUCAGCUUGUCGUACUUGAGUAGAAAAUCACAUUGGCUUCAUGAAUGAAUACAUUCAUCUCAUCUGACAAUAGGCUGUGCUGUUCCUUAUAAAAUGAUGAUUUUUGCUAAUCAGAGUAAGGUCAUGAUCAAUCAUACCAUGACAUUGCUGUAUCACUAGUUGAGAGAUGUCAGAAUGGGAUAGAAAAUAGAGUUAAUUUCAUCAGAAUGAAAUAAGAGAGAUUGAGAGAGAUACAGAUGAAAAGGCAGUAUGUUGGCCCUUUUUUAUUAUCUUUAGACCAUCCCUAUAUUGUUUCACUAUCAGAAUGUAACAAAAUCUGGUUGGGUAAAAUCUGAAUCUACUAAAACUGUUAAACAAAGGUGUGCUUGAAUCAUGUAUAAAAGAAUUUGUGCAUAAAAUGUAUGGAGAUUUUAUUUAUCCAACAAUUUGUAGGUUUACAUACCUUUUAAUCAGCACUGUGAUGUUUUAACCAACUGUUUCGAUUGUAUUUAAGGUUACACCCAGAACACAAAAAAAUGAAUAAAUCAUAACUACCGUUUCUCUCCCAGAAUGAAAAUGCUGUUGUUGGUUUGUUUGUUUUUAAAUUUUAUGUGAGACUCAUCUGUAAAGGGCCCUGCCUAUAUUGAUCUGUUUGAAUUUUCUCGAAACCUUUGCGUCUGAAAUGAACGAUAUGAAUAUUUUCUAAGUCGCCCUUCAUGCGUUGUGGACUUAAUCGAUUCAAGUUUUGUUGACAUUGUGCCAAGAUGUAUACUUGAAGUGCUUCAUCCAUUCUGAUGUGUCUAUUUUCCUCUCACGUAUGCAUCACUUUUGUUGCCUGUCGUGAGAUGUCUUCAUGCGUUAUUCAUGUGUGUUUGAUGAUGAAGAGUAUCUGCAGUUACCCCUGAAACAUGAAGCGCUCCAAUUGUGUUCAAUUGACAAAUCGUUCCCAAUAUCCCAGUUUCGUAAUGUGUUUGAUGGAGAAAACUUUUUAAUACAAUAUUUCCCUAUAGUCAAGUCUUAAAACACACACACAAAUGGAACACUGAAAUUCUUUAAAUUCAAGAAAAAUUGAUCGUUAAAAAUGAAAAUGAAUGAAAUGAUCAUUUACACAAUCAUGAUUAAUUUGUAAAUGUCAUUUCAUGUAAUGAAGGUGGAUAAUUGCAGUAAUUUAACAAAAAAAAAGAGGCCUGUAUAAGAAUUUCCAAGGGCUAAAAUGUGUUGAGGAUAUCAUCUCCUUGGUUCAGUUUCUUUUUUCGCUUUUCAUCUAAAAUCUUCAAGUAAAGUUCCGGUUUUGGUUUUUGUUUCACAAAAGAAUCUUGGAAGGAUUCUUAAAGCAAACAUCAUUGUAAUAUAGAUGGCUGUGAUGUUGAGCUUGUGUUGUAUGUACACUGUAAAUCCAUAAUAUUCUUAAAUCAUGGGGACACCAGUAGUAGAGUUCUGAGGAAGUUGCCGGGUUCCAGAAGACAUUUGUUUGUUCUUAUUAUUUUAUGAUAGCAGAGUAAAGUCCAGGACAGGACAGAUGGGUGUUUCUCACUGUCUUGACUAGUUGUCAUCUUGUAUUGUGAGGCUGUGUUCACUUGACAUGCUUUUGAACCCGAGAAACAUGGAGUUCUAACACGUUAUUGUUUACAAUUUCAAGAAAUAUGUUAUGGGCUGUAUCGUUGAAAAGCACAUAUUAAAUGAAUCAGUAACAGAAAUAUAUUUUGAAAGAUAAUUCAGAGCCACAGUUGUUGAAAAAUUGCUUGAAUACAAUGGAGAUCUCUAUCUAUAUCAAUGUAAGAAAGAUCUUCUUAAAGUUUGGACACGGGCACCAAGAUGACCUUUACUUCGUGGGUCAAGUGUCUGGGCUAACGAGGUUAAAUCUGUGUUAUUGAAUAAUCACUUGAAUGCUAGCCAGUAGGUACCAUGAUUUUUUGUCACAUUUUCUAUAGUUUGUGAUUUACGGUUGUGAUUCUACCUUAUGAAAAUUGAUUGAGCACAACCUGAUGCACCUACAUGUACAGUACAUAUAUUGAGAUAUCUAGUCCUCCUGAAGAUGUAUGGCCACACCCAUGUCAUGUGUUCCCACUCCUGAAAUACUACUUCUUUGACCUCUGUUAUUGACAUAAUUAUUAGAGAGCCAUGUGCUGUAUCUUCAAGAAGCACACGUCUUGAAUUUACAAAAGAUUAUGAUUUCAGCGAAAGCUGAAGUAAUAUCGUGACUUGCCCAUAUGGCGUCACAUCGAAACGAUCUUAUUUCUUGGGUGCGCUGACGAGCAAAUACAUCGGUUGCCGCAAGGAUCGCCUAAUGUCAAUUUUCAGGGUACGGUCUGUCAAUAAUUCUUAUUAAUGGGAUAAAAUAUCAAAAUGUCAGGUGCAAUACAAAAGAGAUAGGGACAGAGGGAAUAAUCGUCAUGAGAAGUAAUCAUAAUGUUACAAGUAUUCUGAACUUCUUUUAUUGGGACGACUGUCAAUUUUUGUGACAUGUGUGUAGAUGUUACACAAAGAUUCUUGACACUUGUUGUUUAUUUUUCUUUUCCUGUCAUUAUAUGUUGUAUUUAAAUGAUAUCCGGGACAAGCAAUAGCUGCCUUCAUAAGUCAUGGCUUUUCCAGCUUUGAAUUUGGACCUGCAUUACAUUGUAUACCCUGCCAAACGGAAGUUUGAAGGGGGUAUAUAGGAAUCAGCGUACGGGCGGUCGGUCAGUCCGUUGCAAAUCUUGCGCAUGGAACUAAUUCCUCAGUUUUUAACCAAUUCUCAUGAAACGUGGAACAUAUAUUGGUGUUGGGGUGAGGAUGCAUUUUUCACAUGUUUUUACGGAAAUUAUGUUGCCAUGGUAACAGUAUAUUUUAUCAAAAAUACGGUAAAAACAUAUGGCAAAAAUUGGGUAAAAAACUUGCAAUUUUGAUUACUUCAUCAAUUUUUAACUAAUUCUCAUGAAAUUUGGUUCACACAUUGGUUUCGAUGUAGAGAUGUGCAAGACACAUAUUUUGUUGGAAAUCAUGUUGCCAUGGUAACAACAUAUUAUAUGCCCCAAAAAAUGUAAAAAAAUUUGGUUUGGACUACUUGCUAAGUUUUCAAAAAAUUCUCACAGUAUUUGGCUCCUACAUUGGUCUUGAGGUAAAGAUGUGCAGGACAUAUUUUUUCAUGUGUCGGAAAUCAUGUUGCAUGGCAACGAUAUGGUCAUGGUAAUGAUAUAUUAUAUGUCAAAAAAUGUUUGGCCUGCCAUAUGCGUCAGGUCUCCACCCUUGUCGACUAUCAGAAUUGAGAACCUCGCCACCUCCAUUCUGCGGUCCUCCUAAAUCAUAGUCGACGUGCACGUGAGUGACGUCAUUUCAGUUACUCAAGCUCAGCAUGAAGAUCAGUUGCAAUAGUUCCUUUCCCUUAUAAAACACCGUUUUCAGUGACUUUUCACAAAAUUAAUGUAAGUUGUACGAUAUAUCAUAUAUGACAAUGUUUUCUAAACUCCAAAAUAUAUAUCGCUCUCUCUCCUAACUGAUGUAAAAGGAAUCAAAUCAAGUGAACGAGCAAGUGUGCACGAGUUGCACCUUCGCAUCACUCGAUCGGGUCGUGAAACGAUGGAACACCAGAUCUUCCGGGUUGGGCAGCAUGUCAUGACCCGCUAGUUCACGUACACGUCGAAUGGAAUCUAAAAUAUUUGUAUCUGUAGUGAACAAGGGCAGACGACGACUUCGACUCGAAUGAUCAGACGACUGCUACAUGUACGCUGUUCUCGUUCACUGCUCCUAAAACUCCCUAUUGUCAGUUUGUGAUGACCAGAAUUUUUUUCCAGUUGAAUUUAUCCUUACUUUGUCGAGAUUUAUCUCCUCCAAUUCAUUGACUGUUCACCAUGAAUACACCUGUGGGGAUACACGAAACCAAGAAGUUAGUCAAGUUCUUGUGGUCUACUCGAUAAAACUUACACUUUUCAAACUGUUGUGGUUUUUUCUUGAGCAUCACUUGUUAGAUAAAUGAGCUGGAUACUGAGAGUAGUUCAAUAUUAAAAAACAUAUUGAUUCAUGCAUGAGAAAGAAUGAGGCCAUUUAUUUUAGUUUCGUCUCUAAGUUUCACUUGUUAAUUCUUCUUUUUCUAAAGAUUAUUCAUUGAUUGACAGUUUUACAUACUAUGAUGGAAGUCUGGGUGAGAUAAUAGAUGGUUUAGGCGGAAUCAGAAAGUUCUUGAUGCUCUUGGCUCUAGUUGUUGGUAGGACUCGAGGAAAGAUACUCGAGGAACAUGAUUAAGUACAAGCAGAUCUAGAUGAAUAUGAAGGGUACUUGCCACAGAUUUAUCAAUGAAACAAGAUAUUUUUUUUCUCCUUAAGUUGGUAUGAAAUGUGAUUUUUUUCUUCUUUGGUACAGGAUGUUUGUCAAACUUUUGAAGGGUUUCCUGAAGAG